AUGGGAGCUGGUGACGCUAGUGGCCAUGGUUCAAGGGAUCAUGCUGCUGCCAGCGCACAUGGUGACACUGAGGGGAAUCGAGUUACUGCGACUGAUGAAGUUGGUGCUGCACUUGCCAAUGGAAGCUUGUUUGAAAAGAGUGCAGCCGAGGCUGUUCAAAGGACGGCCACUAAUGCAACGUGUGCCGCUCGUGUCACCCACUCCACGCCUGUCGUUUGUGCUGCUAAUGCAGUGGCUGCUUCUGGUGCUGUUGCUGCUGCUGUGAGAUGUGGAAAGGGCGAUGCGGGAGGUGGGGCGGUGGGUUGUGAGGGAGGGACGGAAGCGGAGAGGUCGGGCGGUGCACACGCACAGGAGAGAGGUGAUGUGAGGGAGGGGGAUGGAGAGGUGGAGGGGGGUGUGUUGAGAAGUGUGAGAAUACAGAAGUCUGGGGCAGUUGAUGCAGGCUGUGAGGUGCAUAGGAGACGAGAGGGAGGUUGGGAGGGGUCUGGGAAGGCAGUUGAGCACAUGGUGAGGGAACAUGGUGGGUGUAUGAAGCAAGAGGAGGGAGUGGGAGAGGCGGAGGGGGGACGAGAGGGAGGUGGGGAGGGGUCUGGGAAGGUAGAUGAACAUGUAGUGAGAGAACUUGGUGGUUGUAUGAGGCGAGAGGAGGGAGUGGGAGAGGCGGGUAGAGGAGAGGAACGGAGGUGGGUGGAGCGUGUGGAGGGGGAGGAUGAGGGUAAUGAGGAUAUGAAGGAAGAGGGGGAGGAAGAAGAGGAAGGGGAGGAGAGAGGAGAUGAGGAAGGAGAGGAGCAGUGGGGAGCGCAAGGGGAGGAGCAAGGGGAGGAGGGAGGGGAGGAGGUGCUUUGUGGGCAAGAGGACAUGCGCCGCCUGCCCGCCGCGCUGCCCGCUUCCCGGCCCGUCCGCCGCGCUGCCCGCUCGCAGCGUCGCCCUCCCGUCGCACUGACCGCUUGCAGCGCCGCCUGCCCGUAG